AUGCUCCUGAACUGCGCGUCGAGCUGGCGUCAGCUCCACAACGUACAGCGCCAGCUGGUCGUGCUGAUCGUGGCGGUGGCGGUGAAUGCGGUCGUGGUCUACAAUGCAGGGAGAAGUAGGAGUUUGGAUGUUCGAACAUGUUCGAAAAAAUAGCCGAAAUAUUCAAGGAUCAUCAAAAAACGGCCUUUCAGCUCCGCGGAAUAUUAUGUAUAGUCACCAAUCUUUUUUCAGAAUCAACAUGUUCAAAGCCUUUCACGGAGUGCGAGAUGGACGAGACCUGUCGAUGGCACAUGAGCGAGCUGCAGAUGAAAUGCCGCUUAGAGCUCGAACAUUGUCGCCGCGACCAGUGCGCAGCGGCAAUGCGACGGUUCUCGCGGUAUGUCACCAAGGAGAUCCUCGAAGGCAUGAUGUUCUGCCAGUGCGCAUUUAGCGACGUCCAAUGCAAACAUCAACAGGUAAAAAAACAUUUUCCAUACAUUCCAACGUCAGGCCUUUAUUUAAACAUCUUUUUUCAGCAAUGGAUGUACCCUCGAUGUCUUUACGAAAGCUACCGCGUGAAGCCCAAGAAAAGCUGCACACAGACCGUUAAAUAUUGUCAACACGACAGCUACUGCCAUCGUACAUUGCUGGCUUUCAACAGAUCUUGCCCAAUUGGCGCAGGGGCAGCUGGGGAAUGUAAGGCAAAAGAUCUCCAUCGAUGCCGGAUUGCGUUGAUUGGAAUCCGAGGAACGGAUCUGGAAUCGCCCUGUUACUGCAAUCAAGACGAUGACACUUGUCUUGAGAACCAAAACAUGGUGCUUCCGAACAAUCCUUGUGUUGGUAUGUAGACCCUUUCCGUCCGUGAAUUUACCAACCUUUCAGAACAAGCAAUGGCGCAAUUCUCCGGCGAAACCGAUGGCUCUUUAUCCGUGGAGACCGAGGAACUCGUCCCAUCAGAACAUACGCCAAAAAACGAACAACGCCGUAGAGGAAAAUCUCGAAAAACUACAACAACAACGACUACAACGACCACCGACAAACCCAGUGAGUCCAGCAAAGAAGAAGAAGAAAUUGAAGAACAAGAAGAGCGGCCGACUUCCGAAGACGAACAGACCGAGCCAACCGAGGCUGAAGAGCUAGCAGUCAAAGAAGAAAAAAUACCAGAGGAAACAACGAACAGCACCGACUCUACGGCGACUCAAUCAGUGACGGUGCCGAUGGCUAUCAAACAGACAACAGUGCCAAGCAAAGGGAUCAAAGUCGUGGUCAAAACGAACACCUCCACCACGCCGAAGGUCAUCAACGAUGAUAAACUUGUGACUCAAACACCUCCACCCGAAGGUGGAUGUAAAGCUCGAAACAUUGAGGGAGAUUGGAUCAGUCAUUAUAAAAACACCUUGUUUAGGGUGAGCUUUUGCAUACACGGUCAUAUUUGAUUUGUUUAUUAGGCCUUUAACCUCAAAAUUUCAGCAAUACAACGACCUGUCUGGCCGCUGUUCGUCGUGGUGUCAAUGUUUUGAAAAUGAAACCUUCUCGUGUGAGCCCCUGUCUUGUCUGGCGGAAGGCUCUUGCAUCACUCCUCAGACUACUGUCGGUACGUCAUUCACGAUUUGCAAGCAAUUCCUUGACUUUCUUUGCAGUAAAACACAAAAAACAACUGUAAUCCCAUUUCCAAUUUUCAGCGUUCGGCGAACGCCUCUACAUCGAAAGCCGAGGCGCUUGUCUGUGCCAGAGCGGGAAAUUUAUAUGCGAUACGAGCGAGAAGUUGGUCGAACUGGAGCCGGGAUUGUAUAUCUCGUUGGGAUUUUCGCGUGCCGAAUUGGAUGAAAUCAAAAAGAAGGUCCCGAAGCCGUUAUUGGAGAAAUGCGGGCUGGUUAGUCCAAGCCGUUCGGUGGCCAAGGACAUUGCCUCCAGACUACAGUAUGCGUUGGAACGCGUUCUUCCGAAAGUAAGGAUAAAAAUCGGGUCAAAAUGUAGCUAAAACCCCAAAUUUGCUAUCGUUAGUUUUCGGCAGCACUUGAUCUAUUACACAUAUACUUCAACACCCUUUAGGACACCCUCUGCCGCGUUGCAAUGAUUGAAGAGCACAGCUACGACUCUGUAAUUCUCCUUCAAAUCCAAUGGUAUGGAGUGGAUCCUUUCGUCAACACAACCGAACCUCAUUGGCAUAUCGGGAAGCUGGAAAAGAUCUGCUCGCCGUAUGUUCGCCAACUCGAGUACAACUUCAUGAUGGAGCGUUCGGAUCGCUAUCAACUGGUCUUGUCGACGGUGAAGCAGCUCCGCGUCUACGAUCUCCUUGACGGGUUACCUAAAAGCGCCGCCAAACUGCCCAAUUUUCAGUGCCUUGAGAAAUUCUUGAUCCUCGUCUUGUGUGUGUUCCACUUUGUGUGGAGAAUUUAG